UCGAUGGUUGUCGACAGCAACACGGCUUUAUUUUGGCCGGUCUAGUUCAGUUUUAUUUAUAUUAAAAUUAAAAUAUCGCUCUUAAAAUGACUGCUUUCGAAGAGUUUGGUGUUCUUCCUGAGCUGGGGAAGGCUAUCGAUGAGAUGGAGUGGACACUUCCAACAGAUGUUCAGGCCGAAGCGAUACCUCUGAUCUUGGGUGGUGGAGACGUCCUUAUGGCUGCUGAGACUGGCAGCGGAAAGACCGGAGCCUUCUGUCUGCCGAUCUUGCAAAUAGUUUGGGAGACUUUGAAAGAUCUUCAGGAGGGGAAGACUAGUAAGGGUAUAAUAACGAUAUCUUCGGAUUGUACGUUGUCGUUGUUCGAUCGUACAGAAGCUUUAGCCGUAACGCCAGAUGGCCUGCGAUGCCAGUCGCGCGACCAGAAAGGCUGGCACGGCUGCAGGGCCACUAAGGGCGUACACACGAAAGGUGCUUAUUAUUACGAGGCCACUGUGACUGACGAGGGGCUGUGCCGUGUGGGCUGGUCCAGUCAGACUUCAAAACUUGAUCUUGGUACUGACAAGGAUGGAUAUGGGUUUGGAGGCACAGGCAAGAAGUCUAAUGCCAAAAACUUUCAUGACUAUGGCAGUGCCUAUGGAAAAAAUGAUGUAAUAGGUUGUAUGUUAAAUUUGGAUACUCAAGAAAUUAUUUUUACCAAGAAUGGUGAAAACCUGGGUGUUGCCUACAACAUAAAGAAUAACAGGUCUCCAACAGAAACCUACUUCCCAGCAGUUGUGCUUAAAAAUGCUGAAAUGAGCUUUAACUUUGGCAAGACCCCUUUUAAAUACCCACCUCCAGAGGGCUAUGUAGCCAUGGCUGAUGCCCCCAAGGAUUGUGUGAAGACAAAUGUCGUGACACCUGAUGGGGUUUCUGAGGCUGCCAAACCAGCGAAUAAAGCACCACAAUCUAUUAUUAUUGAGCCCUCCAGAGAAUUAGCAGAACAGACCUGUAAUCAAAUAACAAAAUUGAAGAAGUAUCUCGAGAACCCAAGCAUUCGAGAGCUACUGGUCGUCGGCGGGAUCAACGUUAAGGACCAGAUUAGUGCUCUUAACUCUGGUGUCGACAUUGUUGUUGGUACACCUGGAAGACUCGAAGAUCUGAUCCAAGGAGGCUAUCUCGCUCUCACCCACUGUCGGUUCUUCGUGUUGGACGAAGCAGACGGCUUACUGAAGGCCGGCUACGGUCCGCUGAUCGACCGCCUGCAUCGGCAGAUACCAAAGAUCACGUCAGAUGGACGACGCCUGCAAAUGGUGGUCUGUUCUGCUACGUUACACGCGAUGGAAGUUAAGAAGAUGGCGGAGAAGUUAAUGCAUUUCCCGACGUGGGUAGACCUUAAGGGCGAAGAUUCCGUGCCGGACACGGUACAUCACGUCGUCGUUAAUGUGAACCCACAAACUGAUCGCUCAUGGGAGACACUGCACAAGCAUAUCCAAACGGAUGGAGUUCACUCUAAAGACAACAUCCGCAGCGGGAACACGACGCCAGAAACUUUGUCGGAAGCUGUCAAGAUACUUAAGGGCGAGUAUUGCGUGCGAGCCAUCAAGGAACACAAAAUGGACAGGGCCAUAAUCUUCUGCCGCACAAAGUUGGACUGCGAUAACUUGGAGCGCUACUUAAAGUCGUACGGCAACGAGUACUCGUGCGUUUGCCUGCACAGCGACCGAAAACCCGCCGAACGUAAAGGCAACUUAGAGAAGUUCAAAGAUAAUCAGGUCAAGUUCCUUAUUUGUACUGACGUCGCAGCCAGAGGCAUUGAUAUAUCCGGACUGCCAUUUACGAUCAAUGUGACUUUGCCGGAUGAGAAGUCUAACUACGUUCACCGUAUCGGUCGUGUCGGUCGCGCUGAUCGUAUGGGUCUAGCUAUCAGCUUGGUGUCAACAGUUCCUGAGAAGGUAUGGUAUCACGGUGAGUGGUGCUCUUCUCGCGGACGCAACUGCUGGAAUACGACCUUGAUCGAUGACCGUCCUAAAGGUUGCUGCACCUGGUACAACGAGCCUCAGUACCUGGCAGACAUUGAGGACCACUUGAACAUCACGAUCCAGCAAGUGGAAGCAGACAUCAAGGUACCCUGCAACGAGUUCGACGGGAAGGUCGUGUACGGACAGAAGAGGACUCAAGUCGGGACUGGAUACCAGGAUCACGUGAGUCAGAUGGCGCCAGUAGUAAAAUCGCUACAGGAGUUGGAGUCGCAGGCGCAACUCUACUAUCUCAAAAUGCAUCAUAAUGUAGCUGCUUAAUAUUUUACCAUACAUGAAUAUUUAUUAUAAUGAAUUAUAUUUAUUACUUUGAUGAAUGUUGAGGAGUUUCAAGGUCUGCUAAUAGCCAUUGCGCUAAGUGCAGAAGGGAAAUGACAAAAUUUGUGUGACUAUAUUUACCAAUUAUUAUUAUCAAUGCGAAUCCUUAGGAUUUCCACAUGUGUUAUCACUUGAAUGCCUAUUAUAACUCCGUUUCAUAAUUCAAGACUACGCUACUAGGAGAGUUUUAAGAAAAACGUCGUGUCACACAAGUUUCCCUAGCCCAUGAAUAUACUGCGCUUUUAAAAUGACUGAUAUUACAUAACGUAAGUUUAUUGCCAUUUUUUAAGAGAAUUACUAUGCGGUAAUAUUGUGUAAUAAAAAAUAAGCUAAUACAUGUUUGUUUCAGUGUAAUAAAUAAUAAAAACAA